AUGGCAUCUAAAGGUUUAGGGCUGAAUAUCAGAGAAACUACUGAUAGAUACAGGUUAGAUGAAGUCAUUGGUAGAGGUUCAUAUGGUGAGGUUUAUCAAGCUUAGUUGUUAGAUGAUCAGCAAUAAGUCAUUUUAAAUAAAAGUGUGGCAUUGAAAUAGUAAAACUUCUGUAAAUUCGUAGAACAUGCUCCAGUAAAAGUUAAAUAAGAAUUCACAAUAGAAAUUCUCAGAUUGGUCAGAGAAAUUGCAACAUUCUAGUUGAGACAUCCAAAUAUUGUAGAAAUAGAAGAUGCUUUUCUAACUUCUGAGAAUAAAUUUGUAAUUGUCAGAAAUUGA